AUGUCUGACGCAGAUAUUGAGGCUGUUCGCCGGCUCCAGGCUGAGCGCAAUGCUGCUGCCGCUGCCCAAAAAGGUUCAAGGACCUUUGACCCAUCUGGUCAACGCACUGACAACUCGACCAAGGCCUCCCUCACGGAAUCCUUCGAUACCACUUUGUACGAGCGGGAAGGUGCGGAUCGGUUUGCAGGCUACGAUACCUCGAUCGCCGUUGAUGGCGAUGAAGACAUGGAAGAUGCGAACGGAGGACAUAACUUGGUCGGCCAGUACACCGCGACCCGCAGCCAGAUCGAUGAGAUGGCGCACGGGAAUGGUGUUGAAGAGGAGGAUAUUCUGAUGGGUCGAGAGAAAGCUGCGCGUAUCGCUGACCGCGAGUCGGACUACCAGAAACGCCGAUUCAAUCGCGGCCCUCUGACCCCGACGCGCGCCGAUCCCUUCGCUGCCAAUACCCAUGCCAACGUGGAGGGAGAUGGCCAGUCCUACCGUGAGAUUAUGGCCCUACGCGAAAUCGAAAAGGAAGAAGAGCGUGUCCAGAAGUUGAUCGCGGAAAGAAGGGAGCGCGGCGAAGAUGGCGUGGUAGAGCACCAGGCCACGUUGAAGGCGGCGGAGAACGACAAAGAAAACGCCGAGGCUGGUUCAACUGUCGCAGUGGUGACUGGCCGGAAGCGAAAGCAGCGAUGGGACGUGACUUCGGAGUCUGUUGCAGAGCCUACAGCUGAACAGCCCGCCCAAGCCCCGACUAAACGGUCGCGCUGGGAUCAAACGCCCGUUCCCGGUGCUGCCGAGGAGGAACCCAAGCGUCGCUCGAGAUGGGACCAAGCACCAUCACUUACGGCUGCCACCCCUGUUGGUAACCAAGGCCUCGCCACCCCCAUGCAUCCGUCCCAAGGGGGUGCAGCUCUGGCUCCGGCAAGUUUUGGGACGGAUGUAUCCGGUCGCAAUGCUGCGUGGUCUGAUGAAGAGCUUGACAUGAUGCUGCCCUCGGAGGGCUACCAGAUCCUGGAGCCUCCGCCCGGAUAUGCCCCUAUCCGAACGCCGGCCCGCAAACUCAUGGCGACGCCAGCACCUGUGGCCGGCGCUGCUGGGAUGGGAGGGUUCAUGAUGCAAGAACCCGAAAGCAUUCGUUCUAUGGGCAAGGAGCUUCCGACGGAUAUCCCCGGCGUUGGUGAUCUGCAGUUUUUCAAGCCGGAGGAUAUGGCCUACUUUGGCAAGUUGAUGGAGGGUGGAGACGAAAGCGCCAUGACUGUGGAGGAGAUGAAAGAGAAAAAGAUUAUGAGGUUGUUGCUCAAGGUCAAGAACGGUACUCCACCCAUGCGAAAGACGGCAUUGCGACAACUCACCGACAAUGCGCGUAACUUUGGUGCCGGCGCUCUUUUCAAUCAGAUUCUCCCUUUGCUCAUGGAAAAGUCACUUGAGGAUCAGGAGCGCCAUCUGCUGGUCAAGGUCAUUGACCGGGUGCUUUACAAGCUGGAUGACUUGGUUCGUCCCUACGUUCAUAAGAUUCUGGUCGUCAUCGAGCCACUGCUCAUCGAUCAAGACUACUAUGCGCGUGUCGAGGGUCGCGAAAUUAUCUCCAAUCUUGCGAAGGCAGCGGGCCUUGCUACAAUGAUCAGUACUAUGCGGCCCGAUAUCGAUCACGUUGACGAAUAUGUACGGAAUACGACUGCACGAGCUUUUGCCGUGGUGGCGUCUGCCCUCGGUAUUCCAGCCCUCCUUCCCUUCCUUCGCGCCGUCUGUCGCAGCAAGAAGUCCUGGCAGGCACGGCACACGGGUGUGAAGAUCGUCCAGCAAAUUCCUAUUCUUAUGGGUUGCGCUAUCUUGCCUCAUCUGAAGGGUCUGGUCGACUGCAUUUCAGACAACCUCAGUGAUGAACAGGCCAAGGUUAGAACUGUUACCGCUCUGGCUGUUGCUGCAUUGGCAGAAGCUGCCAACCCAUAUGGUAUUGAAAGCUUUGACGAGAUUUUGAACCCUCUUUGGACUGGCGCCCGCAAACAACGUGGCAAGGGUCUUGCUGCCUUCCUCAAGGCUGUUGGCUACAUCAUCCCCCUUAUGGACGAAGAGUAUGCCAACUACUACACCAGUCAGAUUAUGGAGAUCCUCCUCCGAGAAUUUUCGUCUCCGGACGAGGAAAUGAAAAAGGUGGUCCUGAAGGUGGUUUCCCAGUGUGCCAGCACAGACGGUGUGACUGCCAGCUACUUGAAGGAGCAUGUUCUGAGUGACUUCUUCAAAAGCUUCUGGGUGCGGCGCAUGGCUCUCGAUCGCCGGAAUUAUCGCCAAGUGGUGGACACGACCGUCGACCUGGGCCAGAAAGUCGGCGUUGGCGAGAUCAUUGAACGCGUCGUCAACAACUUGAAGGAUGAGAGCGAACCGUACCGCAAGAUGACAGUGGAAACCGUGGAGAAGCUGAUUGCGUCGCUUGGCGCUGCAGAUAUCUCCGAGAGACUGGAGGAAAGGCUCAUUGACGGUGUUCUCUAUGCUUUCCAGGAACAAAGCAUCGAGGAUAUUGUGAUUCUGAACGGAUUUGGAACGGCGGUCAACGCGCUGGGCACACGAUGCAAGCCAUAUCUUCCGCAGAUCGUCAGUACCAUCCUCUGGCGGCUGAACAACAAAUCGGCCACGGUCCGACAGCAGGCAGCCGAUCUCAUCUCGCGCAUUGCGAUGGUCAUGAAGCAGUGUGGUGAAGAUGCUCUUAUGGGCAAACUUGGCAUCGUACUAUAUGAAUACCUGGGUGAAGAAUACCCUGAAGUGCUGGGAUCGAUCCUCGGUGCUCUGCGGUCUAUUGUCACUGUGGUCGGUAUCAACCAGAUGCAGCCGCCCAUUCGCGACCUUCUCCCUCGACUCACCCCCAUCUUGCGCAACCGUCACGAGAAGGUGCAAGAGAACACCAUCGAUCUCGUCGGGCGUAUCGCCGACCGUGGCCCCGAGUCCGUCAAUGCCCGCGAAUGGAUGCGAAUUUGCUUCGAGUUGCUGGACAUGCUCAAGGCCCACAAGAAGGGCAUUCGUCGUGCGGCCAACAACACGUUUGGUUUCAUUGCCAAGGCCAUCGGUCCCCAGGAUGUCCUGGCUACCCUGCUGAACAACCUGCGUGUGCAGGAACGCCAGUCUCGUGUGUGCACAGCAGUUGCCAUUGGUAUUGUGGCCGAGACUUGUGCGCCGUUCACGGUACUGCCGGCACUGAUGAACGAGUACCGCGUUCCUGAGCUCAACGUGCAGAACGGUGUCCUCAAGGCCAUGUCGUUCUUGUUCGAGUACAUCGGCGAGAUGGCCAAGGACUACGUCUAUGCUGUUACGCCGCUGCUCGAAGAUGCCCUCAUUGACCGAGACCAGGUGCACCGGCAAACGGCGGCCAGCGUGGUCAAGCACAUCGCGCUGGGCGUCGUGGGUCUCGGCUGUGAGGAUGCCAUGCUCCACCUUCUCAACCUCAUCUUCCCCAACAUCUUCGAGACGAGCCCGCACGUUAUCGACCGGAUCAUCGAGGCCAUCGACGCAAUCCGCAUGGCCGUCGGCACGGGCGUGGUCAUGAACUACGUCUGGGCGGGUCUGUUCCACCCCGCGCGAAAGGUGCGCACGCCUUACUGGCGACUGUACAACGACGCCUACGUGCAGGGUGCCGACGCCAUGGUCCCUUACUAUCCGGAGUUGGAGGGAGAUGGAAUGGAUCGGCCGGAACUGACCAUCAUCAUUUGA